CCGAGGCCCCAGAGCCAGCCCAUGGAAAAAUUGCCCCUGCCUCCCCCCUCAGGACAUUACUGUUUCUCCAACAAUUCGUGUUUAUCCGUCACCAAAUUGAGUAAUAACGGUCCCGUUGCGUCCAAAAGUUACUGUACGUUUCCGUAACAUCAUGUGAUGUUGAGCGGAAACAACACUCAAUAUAGAAUCAUGUGAUUGCAUAUCCUCUCGCUACUUUUUACGCGCAAUCUGCCCGCUGUUGCGCUAUUAGGAGAGAAGCGAGAGAAGGGAGAAGUGGUAACCUAAGAAGAGCGAAUGGUCCUUUAAAGGGCUCUUGUGGUGGACUGCGGUGAUUGCACUGGCUCCUGGUGACUUCGGUCGUUGCGGAUCACUUGUUUGGGAAAAGUAGGCGCCGGCAAGUGGCGGCGUGAGCAGAAGCGGCGGACGAGUUUUAUUACGAGUUCGCUUAGGAGCGCCGUUGGAACAUAAAACAGUGGUCCUAUACCGUUUGUGGAUCAAAACCAAGAUGAAAUCAGUAGAGAGGUAUUUUUUCUGCAUAACUUUAAUAUUGCAACUGUACUUCAACUGUGGGUUAUGCUGGAUUAAUCCAUACCCCAAAAUAGAAGAAAUUCCGAUCAAUCAAAUUAAAGAAAAACCUUUAAUUCUCACACCGUUGAUUGAUGCGGGAAAAAUCAAAGAAGCCAGACGAGUUUCCAGAGUGUUACCAUUAGAAGGAGAUCAUGGUAUUAAAAGCUACUCAGGUUAUUUUACAGUGAACAAGAAUUUCAACUCAAAUCUCUUCUUUUGGUACUUUCCAUCACUAAAUAACCAACAAAAUGAUCCUGUCGUCUUGUGGUUGCAAGGAGGACCUGGGUCAACAUCUUUGUUUGGUUUAUUUUCUGAACAUGGACCAUUUUCAGUGAGCACAGAAAAUAUUUUGACACCAAGAAAAUAUACAUGGGUCAAAAAUCACAAUAUGAUAUACAUUGACAAUCCAGUAGGAACUGGGUACAGCUUCACAAAUGGAGGAUAUGCACGUAAUGAAACAGCUGUGGGGAAGGAUUUGUAUGAAGCCCUUCUGCAAUUUUUCAAGUUAUUUCCAGAACUUCAGAAGAAUUCUUUUUAUGUGACUGGCGAAUCAUAUGCAGGAAAAUAUGUACCAGCUGUUUCUUAUACAAUUCAUACAAACAAUAAAAUAGCAUCACAGAAAAUAAAUUUUCAAGGUAUGGCCAUUGGAAAUGGUUUGUCUGAUCCAGUUCAUAUGUUAAAGUAUGGAGAUUAUCUUUAUCAGUUGGGCCUUAUUGACAAUAACACUAAAGAUUUAUUUCACCAACAAGAAGAUCUGGGCCGGAAAUAUAUUCAAGAGAAGCGGUGGGAUGAUGCAUUUAAUGUAUUUGACAGGUUGCUGAAUGGUGAUAUGUAUCAGUAUGGAUCUCUCUUUUACAAUGCAACUGGCUUCACAUUCUAUUUUAAUUAUUUGCAUUCAAAAGAACUUACUGUUGGAGGAGAUAUGGGCAAAUACAUACAACAGCCUCAAGUUCGACAUGCUAUUCAUGUUGGGAAUGCCGUCUUUCAUACCGAUAAUAUCGUGGAAAUGAAUUUGAAAUCUGAUGUUAUGCAAUCAGUAAAGCCAUGGGUUGAGGAGAUUUUGGAACAUUAUCGUGUUCUUAUAUACAAUGGCCAGUUGGAUAUUAUUGUAGCUUAUCCUCUCACUGUAUCAUAUUUGGAAACUUUACAGUGGAGCAGUGCCAAAGAAUACAAAAAGGCAUCAAGAUAUCUGUGGUAUGUUGAAAAUGACAUUGCAGGUUAUGUGAAGACAGCUGGUAACCUCACUGAAAUGUUGGUUCGUAAUGCUGGUCACAUGGUGCCAUCAGAUCAGCCUAAAUGGGCAUUAGAUCUUAUUACUAGAUUCACUGCAAAUAAGCCAUUUCAUUAAUAAAUUAUUUUCAAAUGCAAAAAUGUACCAUCUGCAUUGUCCAUGACAACUCGUACUGUUAUACUCAAGACAUGCUCAAGUCUCAUAGGGAACAAUUGAUACUUUUUUUAUGAAUAAAAUGGAAUGAUAACAUAAUUUAGUACAGAAAGUAAUUAAAAUCAAGGUGAUAUUAAAUAUUUUGUAACAGUUUUAAAAGUGACUCAAACAAGCACUCCAGUAGAAUCCGUCCUUCAAACUUGUUUUUGGGAUCUACAAGGAAGGUGUUAACAUUUCUGUACGUGUUGACAAUUUUAAUACAUUUUGAAUUUUGGAAAAUGAGUUUUAUUUGCACCAGUUAUUCCUAUUGGCAACCUUCAAUUAAGGUGGUUAGUACGAGAUAAGUGUUAUGUUUAACAUGCCUUUUUUACUGUAUUAAUCAAAAGAUGAGAAGG